GUGAGGGCGCUGGCGAUGGGGUCCUGCCUGCCGGCAGACCAGCGGCCGAUGGAGGUGACGGCACUACCCGGGAAGGUGGGAGGAGGCAGGAGGAGGGGGGAGGAGGCGCCCGGGAGGAUUGCUGGGAUUGGGACGGGCAAUGUGGCUUGCCUCUUCACGCGGCAGGGGAAGAAGGGCACCAACCAAGACGCCAUGGUCGCGUGGGAGAACUUCAAUGGGAGAUCAGACACAGUAUUUUGUGGAGUUUUUGAUGGUCAUGGUCCACAUGGCCAUCUCGUCGCGCGGAAAGUAAGAGAUACUCUCCCUUUGAAGCUGUGUGAUUUGAUAUAUGAUGACUAUGGAGCGAGCCCAAUCAGCAAUUCAGAUGGAUCAGUUUUAGAAGAGAGUUUAUCUCCAUACCCAGAUGCAGGGGACAAGUCUCCCACAUUCACUGCACAGAAAGAAGAACAUCUAGAAUUCUUUGACUCAAUGAAAGAGUCUUUCCGAAAAGCUUUUAGAGUUAUGGAUAAGGAGCUUAAAUUACAUCGGAACAUAGAUAGCAUUUGCAGUGGAACUACCGCAGUUACUUUAAUUAAACAGGGUCAGGAUCUUUUUGUCGGGAAUCUAGGUGACUCUAGAGCUGUAUUAGGCACUAGAGAUCAGAACGGUCAUUUGGUUGCCCAUCAGUUGACAGUUGACCUGAAACCUGAUCAUCCAAGAGAGGCUAGGAGGAUCAAGCGAUGUAAUGGGCGGGUCUUUGCUCACCAGGAUGAACCAGAUGUGGCUCGCCUUUGGCUUCCUAACUGCAACUCUCCUGGCCUAGCAAUGGCACGAGCUUUUGGUGAUUUUUGUCUAAAGGAUUUUGGGCUGAUCUCUGUACCUGAGGUCACCUAUAGGCGAAUCAUGGAGAAGGAUCAGUUCAUUGUUCUUGCCACUGACGGGGUGUGGGAUGUUCUGUCCAACCAGGAAGUGGUGGAAGUUGUUGCCUCGUGUUCUGGCCGUUCUGGUGCAGCCCGUGCUGUUGUUGAUUUAGCAAAUCAGACCUGGAAAUUCAAGUACCCAACCUCCAAAACGGAUGAUUGUGCAGUGAUCUGCCUUUUCCUGAGCAAGGAUGCGGCUGCAGGUGGGCUAUCAGGGCUGUCUGUUGCUAGCAAGGGAAUUGGAUCUAAUCCAAGGAUGCCAACGCGAUUAAGGACCCCCCAGCACUUCAGUAAAAGGGUAAUUCCAGAGGAUGCCGAUGAUGAAUGUGACCCAAAUAUAAGUGGAGAUGAGAGGUCAUUGGAGGGCUUCACCCGGUUGAACACGCUUUUGACACUACCCAAGUUUGGUGAUACAAGUCCAACCAAGAAAUGAAGUUUAUUCAUAUUGAUGUGCGAGUCUGCAGUUAGCAGGCACAUUCCCUGAUGUUUUGGAGAUGAGAGCCUUAUUGGUUAUAUUAGCAUGCCCGGUGAGCUCCUGUCCGAAUGUCGGUUUACUCUUUAAGGAUGAGUAGGGUUACUGUUUUAUGUAAAUCCUAACUCGCAUUUGGUUACAAAUUGUGCAACACGUGUUGGGGAGCAAGUUUCAGUUUGUUUCGA